AUGACUCACAAAGUGGCAUUGCUUGAUGCUGGAGCCCAAUAUGGAAAGGUUAUCGAUCGAAGAAUUCGUGAUUUAAAUGUAGAAACUGAAAUGGUGCCACUAGAUAUAACGGCUACAAGUCUUGUUGAGAAAGGCUAUAGGGCUAUUAUCAUUUCCGGUGGACCAAAUAGUGUCUAUUCAUCGGAUGCCUUGAUAUACGACCCAAAUAUUUUUAGCAUUGGGAUACCGAUAUUAGGAAUUUGUUAUGGAAUGCAGCUAGUAAAUCUCCAUUUUGGAGGUACUGUAACAAAAGGAGAUGUAAGGGAAGAUGGACAAUUUACCAUCGAUGUUGAUCCUGAUUGCCUAUUAUUUAGUGGAUUAUCCAAGCAACAGAAUGUUCUUCUUACUCACGGUGACUCUGUUGAUCAAGUCGCCAAUACAUUUAAAGUUAUUGCGACGUCAGGAGAUAUCGUUACCGCAAUUGGAAACGAUGAAAAGCACUUAUAUGGCGUACAGUUUCACCCAGAAGUUGAUCUUACCGAGAAAGGAUCGGAAAUAUUUCGUAAUUUUUUAUUUAAAAUCGCAAAAUGUCCUGGAAACUUUACGAUGAUUAAUCGUCAACAGCAGUGUAUAGAUAAUAUAAAACAGAAAGUUAGAGAUAAGAAAGCAUUAGUACUUGUUAGUGGUGGAGUAGAUUCUGCUGUUUGUGCAGCUCUCUUGCAUAAGGCUUUAGGAUCCGACAGAGUAAUUGCUCUUCAUAUUGACAAUGGUUUCAUGCGCAAAAAUGAAAGCGAUGAUGUUAAAAUUUCACUUAGAAAGAUAGGCUUAGAUAUAGAAAUUCUCCAUAGUGCCUAUCAUUUUUAUACAAGUCACACUAGUUACCCGAUAAUGCUGGAGGGCAUACCGACACGGCAUAUUACCGAUCCACUAGUAAAUGUUUACUCACCGGAAGAGAAAAGGCAUAUUAUUGGUGAUACAUUUGUGAGGGUCGCUAAUGAAUAUCUUAAGAAUUUAGGUAUUGAACCACAAGAUAUAGUAUUAGCGCAAGGUACUCUACGACCAGAUUUAAUUGAAAGUGCGUCUAAAGAAGCCAGUUCUGAAGCUCAUGUUAUUAAAACCCAUCACAACGAUACAGAUCUAGUUAGACAAUUAAGAUUACAGAAUGGUAUCAUAGAACCUCUUCAAGAUUUUCACAAAGAUGAAGUUCGGGCCCUUGGGAUCGAAUUAGGUCUGCCUCCUCAUUUAAUUAAUCGACAUCCAUUCCCUGGACCAGGCCUUGCUAUACGCGUUAUUUGUGCAGAUGAGCGUUACGUUACAAACGAAUUUGGUGAAACGUGUUCACUAUUACAAUAUAUUGUGGAUUUUGCUAGAGCUCAACAGCGUCCACAUGCCCAUCUUACUCGUAUUAGUGGAAGUUUAAGCCUGUCAGAACAAGAAUUUUUAUUGACAUUCAGUGCUAAACAUACAAUAUCGGCAACCUUGCUACCUAUCAAAACUGUUGGAGUGCAGGGCGAUAGAAGAAGUUACAGCUAUGUUGCUGGACUAUCAUCUGAUGAACCUCCAGUAUGGGAAGGAUUGUUUAAACUCGCUAAAUUAAUACCCCGAAUUUGUCAUGAUGUAAACAGGGUGGUUUAUGUUAAUGGACCAGCUAUAGUACAUCCGGUGCAUGAUAUAACCCCUACUACUUUAUCAAAUAUAGCAUUGAGCACUUUACGUGAGGCCGAUGAGAUUGUUAAUUCAGCUUUACGUGACUACGGUUAUAAGAUCAGUCAAGCACCUGUUGUAUUAAUUCCGAUCCAUUUCGAUCGUGGCGCUGCUAUGAAGCUACCGUCGACGAGGAGAUCAAUUGUAUUUAGACCAUUUGUUACCAAUGAUUUUAUGACUGGUGUAGCAGCUAUACCAGGGAAGCAUAUUCCGGAAGAGGUUGUGUUUACGAUUUUCAAAAAUGUUGAAAAAAUUCCUGGUAUAUCCCGUGUCUUGUACGACAUGACUUCGAAACCACCUGGUACAACAGAGUGGGAGUAA